UCAAACGUACACACCCACCUCUGUCUACUCUCGUCUUUUCAACAUUUCUUAGUUCUGCUACAAAAUACACAGCUUCAUCAAAUCUCUCAGCUGUAAAUCUCAUCCCGGCGCAUCGCGAUACACCAGCAACAGCUCAAGAAAGAUCUUAAAAUACAACAUGGAGUCCCCUCCAGAUCCAGCGAGCGACCCGGGCAACGGCGUCUCGGAGCCGGUUACCCCGGUCAGGGAAACCCCGGUAAACCUGGAGACCCUCCGCAAAGCUGGGCACCAAGCCCCGGUGCGCAGGCAGAGCUGCUCUAGUACCAACAGAGGUAUUUCAGUAACAAAGAAGACACACACUUCUCAAAUCGAAAUAAUUCCCUGCAAGAUCUGUGGAGACAAAUCAUCAGGCAUCCAUUAUGGUGUGAUAACGUGCGAAGGCUGCAAGGGUUUCUUCAGGAGGAGUCAACAGAGCAAUGCGGCGUACUCGUGCCCGCGUCAGAAGAACUGCCUGAUUGACCGGACCAGCCGAAACCGCUGCCAGCACUGCAGGCUGCAGAAGUGUCUGGCCGUGGGCAUGUCACGUGACGCGGUGAAAUUCGGCCGCAUGUCCAAGAAACAGCGGGACAGCUUGUAUGCAGAAGUGCAGAAACACCGGCUCCAACAGCAACAGCGGGACCACCAGCAGCAACCCGGUGAGGCCGAGCCCCUAACACCAACCUACGGCCUCUCCACCAACGGCUUGACUGAGCUCCAUGACGACCUGAGCGGCUAUAUGAAUGGCCACACGCCCGAUGGCACCAAACCCGACUCGGGCGUCAGCAGCUUCUACCUGGACAUCCAACCCUCUCCCGACCAGUCCGGCUUGGACAUCAACGGUAUCAAGCCAGAGCCCAUCUGCGACUUCACCUCUGGCUCGGGCUUCUUCCCGUACUGUUCCUUCACCAAUGGGGAAACAUCCCCCACCGUUUCCAUGGCUGAGCUGGAGCAUCUGGCCCAAAACAUAUCCAAGUCCCAUAUGGAGACGUGUCAGUACCUGAGAGAAGAGCUUCAGCAGAUGACCUGGCAAGCUUUCCUUCAGGAGGAAGUGGAGAGCUACCAGAGCAAGCCCAGAGAAGUCAUGUGGCAGCUGUGUGCUAUUAAAAUCACAGAGGCCAUUCAGUACGUGGUGGAGUUUGCCAAGCGCAUCGAUGGCUUCAUGGAGCUCUGUCAGAAUGAUCAGAUAGUGCUACUCAAAGCAGGCUCUUUGGAGGUGGUGUUUGUCCGAAUGUGCCGUGCCUUCGACCCUCAGAACAAUACAGUCUAUUUUGACGGAAAGUAUGCAGGGUCUGACGUCUUCAAAUCAUUAGGCUGCGAUGAUUUGAUCAGCUCCGUCUUCGAGUUUGGGAAAAACUUGUGUUCUAUGCACCUCUCUGAAGAUGAGAUCGCCCUGUUCUCCGCCUUCGUGUUGAUGUCUGCAGACCGGUCUUGGCUCCAGGAAAAGGUGAAGGUGGAGAAACUCCAGCAGAAAAUCCAGCUGGCACUUCAGCACGUUCUGCAGAAGAACCACAGAGAGGACGGCAUACUGACAAAGUUGAUAUGCAAAGUCUCCACACUGCGAGCUCUGUGCAGCAGGCAUACAGAAAAGCUGACGGCAUUCAAAGCAAUAUACCCAGACAUUGUGCGCGCCCACUUCCCCCCAUUGUACAAGGAGUUGUUCGGAUCAGACUUUGAGCAGUCCAUGCCCAUUGACGGGUAACGCUUCCCGCGCCCGUCCCGCCCGGGGGAUUUCACGCCGUGGGGAAUGUCAAGCAUAAAUCUGAGACACUUUACCAGUGCCCUGCACGUACACAUACACACACCUGGACAGCCGACACUGCACACACACCCCCCUUUUUCCUUUGUGUUUUUCGAGCGGAAUGAGGAAGGAGGCAAAGGACUGGGUUUGACUCCAGCGGUUUAUUUUUGGGGUUUGUUCCCUCCAUUUACUGACACAGGUGGGACGCGCAGCCCAAGGGAGAGGAUGAGAAGACGCUUGUUUUUCGUACGCUUCCUCUCUCUCUUUUUUCUGGCUGAACCUGAAGAGUCCACGCGUACGGUCCCAUGGAGAUUUGUCACGAUCAGCAUAAAUCGUUUUGACUUGUUUCCAAAAGGGAAACCAUUCCCUGGGAGCGUUCGCCUGAAUCUGGCGUUUUAAACAUUUUAAAAGGAAGCCACAUAUUUUAAAGUCCCCUACAAGCCAAGAAAAAACGAAAUCGAACGAAUGUUUUACCUGUGAUCUGUCUUCACGAUCAGAACUGCACCAGUAGUUUAUGUACCGAAGUGUGUAUGUAGAAAUACUCAUAGAUGUGGUGUGCGUGGCUUGGCCAGUUCCUUUCUCCUGUGGGUUUGAUUUUCUUUCUGGGAACGCUUGAUGUCAGAAUACAAACCAGCAGCAAAGAGGAAGACGACGGGAGCGAAAGAGAGAGAAUGAGAAGUGUUAAGCAAUGUCUGUCGGCAUUUGGUGACAUAAAGCAGCACCUUUCUACGGACAAUCGUCUAAAAAAAGAAGGAAAACAUAGAAUUCUGGUAAUUCUAGUUUAAAUGACGUAAAAAGCUCAAUUACUUUUAGCUGUCAGAGACUUCAUCUACCAUAGUUGCUUAGUGAUAUCGUUUAAGGCCAUCUGCUAUUAAGUCCCUCUCUGGAAUGGUGUUAACGUAAUGGUCCGACCACCACCAUCGAUGCAAUGAAAGGGUCCAUUUCACCCAAUUUCUAACGUGUUACAGGGUAUACAGUCAUAAGUACAAACAAUACAGAAAAAAAUAUGUCUAUAGAAUCUAUUUUAAAUAACAUGUAUGAUAUUAGUAGCUAGAUUAUUCUUAAUUGUGAAAAAUUGAUAAGGCACUUUUAUUUGCACCUUUCUUUAAUUUAAGACUUGUAUAUUUACCUAGUGAUGUGUUGCAUGUAUAAAUACCACGAUUAUGGAAAACAAGUGCUGGAAACCCUAACGCUGCUGUGGGUGGGUGCGUGUUUGUGUGCGUGUUUGUGUAUUUAUUCGCGAGGUUGGUGCUGGGCAAAGACUGAUCACAUCGGUUCCAAAAAUAUAUAUUUUUAAAAAGCAGCUUUAAUGCUGGGAUUCUGUUCCUAGACCUGCGUUAUGAUUUUGACACCCAGCUAGUCCUUUUAGGAAACUCCUAAAAGAUGUUUCAGGAUCAGAAAUCCCUUCUUUUUCAACGUUUCUGUUGUGUAACGUAAUCAGAAACGGAAGUACCAACAGACCUAUCGUUUCAUCAUUUUAUUCUAUUGUUAUUUCAAUCUUCAGUACAUUUAUUUGUACGUUUCAAUCUGUUAAAUGGUUCCAUCUAGUGGUGGUGUCAGCACAGUUUAUGCCCCUUUUGAGGAUGAUUCUGAUCUUAUUUAUCUGGCAACCAUUUUUACCAUCCUUUCAUCUUAGAUACACAAACUGGAAUCGAGAUGAAAGUGUAAAUUUUCUUUUUAAGCAGCUCUUGUGAAGGUAUUUGCCCAGCAACAACGCCCGUCCGGAACGUAAGAGAGAAAAAGAUAAAUAUUCAAAGCCUUGUCUGGUCGAAAUCCUCUAUUUUUGUAACAUUGUACAGUGCUUAUAAAGCCUAUGAAAGAAAAAAGGGAACGAAGGAUGCUAUAGCACUUAAUCCUGCAAUAACGAAUUAGAAUUUGUGUGUUUUUUAUGAUUUUUCAAAGAACAAGACGAUUAUAGGAACACAUUGUUGUGCGUUUCGUAUGUUUGUAGGUCUCUUGAAUGUGCCAUAGUGGUCUGUCAUGCUAUUUUGAGUCUGAAGAAAUUAUGUUUGUAACAUUCCAGUAAAACUAUGUUGUGACAUUUAUGAAAUCCCAAUAUAAUCCAGAAAAACUUUGAAGAUAACUUCUACGACCCGCUAACAGACAUUUCGAAACUAUUGAAGUAGAUCUUGGUAGCUUCUUGUCGCUCUAUUUUAACGUCACAAUUCCCCCCCCACAAUUGUGUGGUCUUUCCCAUUACACAACGUAUGAUCCUCAGGGAAGAGUCUGUCUAACUCAAUUCUGAAACCAGUAGUUUAAACGUGUUAGUCGGCUCUGUGUUGUAUCAAAUGUUAACAUCAGUAAUUUAAUCUCAAUGAUCAGCGUCAACAUAAUUAGUUAUUUUAUCGGGGUGAAAAUAUCAGUCUUGUUUUUAUUGGUUGUGCAGUUUAUUCAUUUCUGCCCGCAUCCCCCAGACGUCCUGAUAAUGUUAAUACAUCAUUAAACUGUGAAUGACAAUCCAGGUUCAUGUUUAGUUCCUUGUAAAUCAGCAGUGCUUGUACUACAAGGCUCAGGGAGAGUAAUAUUGUGAUAAUUGAGAAUAUCAAGGGAAAAUAAGAUAUUAGCUCUGUCCUAUCCAGACAGCGUUUAAAGACAUCUUUGUCUUUUGACUCAUUUAAUAUUAUGCUGCUUUCUAAAGGUACCUAAAAGCAUAAUAUUUUUCCAAAUAUUUGUGUGUGCUCAUUUUUAUCUGAGCCACAUUAAUGUUAAACCCCGUGUGUGGCGGGCUAUUUGUGUAGAGUUGCUGUCUAUUAAGCGCACUCAAGUUCACUUCUUAGGUUAGCAUGCUGUCUAAGGUGGCUUUGCAACAGAACGAAUUGGAUAUUCAUGUUAAGCACAAUUCUCUGACCAGCACAAAAGAACCUGGUGGUAAUAUAUAAAAACGUUUAAUUGGGACUGUUAAGAUGCUUGUCAUUCUUUAUUUCAUUUUUAAGCACAGCCCUUUGGGAUAUUUUCUCUGUUUACCCUUUGCAAUUCACAUGCUCGUGUCAUUCCGUGUUACUCACUAGCAUAAAUUCUGUCAAGCCCACAGAAGACGGCGAUACAUCAUAAACAAUGCAAAUGUGUCAUUUAAUUCAAUCGAACCAUAGGCCACUGGUUUUAUCUCAUCACACAGCAAGCUCCAAGAUCUAAUUCCCAAAAAACAAACCGAGAAAGAUAACAACCUCAAGCGUACCACUGUGCGCUAUGCUAUGUUUUUAGUUCAUUUUUCUGGAUGGGAAUUGUUCUAACUGUCACUCAUAACUCAGUCUAUGUGCCAAAUACCUCUUCAUGAAUCGCUCCACCGUCAACGUCCGCGCGGGCUACUUAACGUGCGUUACAAAUACGGGUUUCUACAGGGCAACCACUGCUGUGGAGUCCCCUUUUAAUGAACAAGCUUUGAUGCACAGAAGACCGUUGUGUUUCUCGUCCAACGAUCCGUGUUCAUCUAGUUGCACCACUAGCGCUGUAGUAAAGUCACGUUUUGCCACUUUUUACAUGUUGUUUUUUGUAAGUGUAGUUUGUAUUUGACAAUUCAAAGCAAUAUAGGCUACGAGAUAGAACUUUGGACAAAUUUAUUUUUUCUAAUACGAGCAAAGGUACUUAAACAUCUCUGGAUCUGUGGUAUUUUAGAUCUGUUUGCUUCUCUUAUCGGUGGAAGAUCCAUAAAGUUUCCCACAUUUUGAUUUUGUAAGUCGUGAGCUCCCACUAUGUUUAUUCUCGUGAGAAGCAAUAUAUGUCUGAACGUGCGUGCGAGAGCGUGCAUACAAGCAAAUACGUUUGUCUCUUUCCUACGGUGAUGUUUGCUGAAGGUCAAACCCCAGACAAGGCUUUAAAAGUUAAGAUGCAGCAGGGUCAGAUGGUGAAUUGUAUGUGAGAUCUUACGUUUAACCAGGAUUUAAAAUGUUUUAUGUAGCACUGAGUUUGAACCCCUCGAUGAGGCUGUACAAGCAUGACAACGUUUCAAUUAGAUUUAUGCAAACGCAACAAGGCCUAUGCACUCACAUAUAAACGUUGGUGAAAUUUAUUUUCAGUGGUUUCAACGGCACGUGUCAUGCUAACAGCAUUUUGAUCUGAAGGUGUUUGGAUUUACAUCAACGAUUUUCAUGCAUUCUUAUUUAUAAAAUUGAGAGGUUUCUUUCCUAAAGCACAGCUGAUACGUUAUUAAAAGUGAAAUAUGUUUAGAUAAUAGAAGAAAAGAAAAAAGUCUUUAGCCAUAAUCGAAUGUCAAGCAAUAAUAUAUAUGGUGUAUUAUUAUUCAUUUUUGUGCAUAGGCUUUGAACAUCUGCAUGUAAAUACAUCUCUUAUUUAUCGCUUUUUCGUUUGUUCGUUUUUGCUUUUUGCUUUUCAUUUUCCUUUCAUUUUUUAUAUUGACUAGUUCUGUUCCCGGGUGGAGAACUACGAACGUCAAAUGGCCUGUAAACUGUACAGCUUCAUUUUUAUCCUCUCUUUUAUCCUCUGCUUUUAAUUCACUCAAUAUUUAAUGUUCUAUUGAUCACAUGUAUAAAAGUAACUUUGUAACUUCUGUCUGUAUAGGUAAAAGAAAAUACUGCUAUUAAGACCUGCUCAGUGCAAAUAUGGAUCUGUUUAUCAGACACAUCAUGCUGUACAAAAUCUCUGUUUUAGGACAGUUCUCUCUUUUAGACUUAGUUGGAUUAGCGCUAGGGUGUGCUGACCUUACUUUUUGUGUUAUACUGAUGUGUGGUGCUAGGUAAGUUACUUUUGUGAACAAAAAUUAUGGAUUCCUAGAUUAGGCCACCCUUUUAGUCCAUUCAUUUCGCUGAGUAUUGAUGCAUUAUUGAUAUUAGGACUCGAUGAAUAAUUAUAAGAAUAAUGAUAACAAAUAAAGUUAACAAUAGGUGGUAAAUAUCCUUUUGAAUACUCAGCAAGUACCUGUAUCAGUGUGCUUGUCUCGGGACGCGGCUUGUUUCCUUCUCACUUUUAAGAUUAUUAGCAAAAGCAGUAUGGGAUAAGUCAAUCUCUAUUCAACGCGCUUCUGAAUCUUUGCGAUGAAGAAGGUUGGUCAUGCUUAAAAAGGCAGUAUUGUGUUUAUUUUCAUUGCUCAAAACGGUACAUUUGUUGUCUGGAGCUGGAAGGACUUUGGAUACAGCAAAGUACUGGAUCGUCUAUAGCCACUUUGGCGCUCUCCAUUUUCGUUCAUUCUUCCCUUUAGUUUUUAAAGACUAGCUUUGUAAGCAUUUAUGUUUCUAUUCAAAAUCUGCUUACGCACGUACAGUACACACACAUGCACACAUCGGUUAUGUGUUAUAACAAAUUGUACAGGACAAAGACAGUUGUACGAGGUUCGUGCGAAACUUUCUCUAUGUAGCAAGGCAGAAUAUACUUGCAAUAAUGCAUAGCAAACUACACUGAGUGCCUCUCAGUGGUACAGGAUGCAGAAACUAUAUUCGUAUGUUGUUGUUUUCACUGUUCUUGUACUCAAAUGACUGUGUUUGCACAUGUGGGUGACUUCUGUCUUGUGUUACCAACCUUUCUUUUCAUUGGCUGUCUUUUUUUGUAAAUGAGAUUUCACGUUUGUUUAUAGCCAUGGAAGCAGCAUUUUAUUGUCUCCUGUGGUGUCCUGUAUUUCUUACCGACAGU